GGAAAGUGGAGUGGUGAUUGCCUAAGACUGGGACACAGAGUCCAAUUUCUUUGUGUACUCCUACCCAGUUCCUGCGUUAGUCUCAGCUUCAAAUCCCCACCUGGAAAGUUAGCCCUUGGCACACCGUCUUCUUAUUCAGCACAGGUGAGUCUGGAAGUGGCUAGCAUUUGUGCUUUGCAUCCUGCUUGGACCUGUCAAGUGGCUUUUCAGCAGCUACUAAUUCCACCUUUUGGAAACUGAGGAUGUAGGGCUCAGGAAACCAGAAAAUGUCAGGUCUGAGUGAGAGAAAAGAACAAGCUAAGCAACACACAGAGCUCUGUGUAUUCAGAGGCAAGUUGGCAGGGUUGUACUGGAACAGAGAAACUCCAAGUGGUACAAAGAGACGUGCCCAGAGUGGAGAAAUCAUGCUAAUUGUCUGCACCAGAGCCCAAGAACUCAACCCAAAAUGAAGAGAGAAAGGGGAGCCCUGUUCAGAGGCUCCAGCGCCCCACGCCUCACUCCUUUCGUCUGCCUCCUCCUGAUCCAGACAGGCUCACUGGAAGGGGUGAACAUCACAAGCCCAGUGCGUCUGAUCCAUGGUACUGUGGGGAAGUCGGCUCUGCUCUCUGUGCAAUACAGUAGCACCAGCAGUGACAAGCCAGUAGUUAAGUGGCAGCUGAAGAGGGACAAGCCAGUGACAGUGGUACAAUCCAUUGGCACUGAGGUCAUUGGCACCCUGAGGCUUGACUACCGUGACCGAAUCAGGCUCUUUGAGAAUGGCUCCCUUCUCCUCAGUGAUCUUCAGACAUCUGAUGAGGGCACCUAUGAGGUAGAGAUUUCCAUCACUGAUGAUACUUUCACUGGAGAAAAGACCAUCAACCUCACUGUGGAUGUUCCCAUUUCAAAACCUCAAGUAGUGGUGGCUUCAUCUACUGUCCUGGAGCUCAGUGAGUACUUCACAUUGAACUGUUCCCAUGAAAAUGGUACCAAAGCCAACUAUACUUGGCUGAAGGAUGGCAAGCCACUCAGCAAUGACUCAAGGAUGCUCCUGUCCCCUGACCAAAAGGUGCUCACCAUUACACGAGUGCUUAUGGCAGAUGAUGACAUCUAUAGUUGCUUGGUGGAGAACCCCAUUAGCCAAGGCCGAAGUGUCCCCAUCAAGCUUACUGUGUAUCGGAGAAGCUCCCUCUACAUCAUUCUGACCACAGGAGGUAUCUUUCUCCUUGUGACUUUGGUGACAGUCUGCGCAUGUUGGAAACCCUCCAAAAAGUCUGGAAAGAAGCGGAAGCUGGAAAAACAGGGCUCUCUAGAGUAUGAAGAUCAAAAUGAUGACCACCUGAAACCUGAAGUAGAGACACUCCCCCGAAGUGGAGAACAUGAGCGGAAGAACCCUAUGGCCUUGUACAUCUUGAAGGAUAAGGACCCACCAGAAGGGGAGGAGAGCUCAGCCCCCGACCCUCGGAGCACCUCUGAGCCCGGCCCGCCGGGUUACAUCUCUUCUACUGCCCCAGGCCGCUCCCCCGGGCUGCCGAUCCGGUCAGCCCGCCGCUACCCGCGCUCUCCUGCCCGCUCUCCCGCCACUAGCCGAACGCACACUUCCCCCAACCGGUCCCCGAGCUCCCCCGGCCGCUCCCGCAGCUCCACACGCACCCUCCGGACUGCCGGCGUGCACAUGAUCCGGGAGCAAGAGGAGGCCGGCACCGUGGAGAUCAGCGCCUAAGCCCUCCCAGGGCCCUGCCUCCACCUGAUGGGACCAUAGUCUCCCGUUUGGGGGCGAGGCCAGGAUAGCCUCGCAGAGGGCAGAGAGUUUGCAAAGGGAAGUCACGUGCAUUUGGGAGUCAGAGCGUGUGUGUAUGAAGAGGUGUGAAUGAGUGUGACUGACCAUGAACCUGUGCAAAUGUGUGGCUGAGCAUGCCUGAGUGAUGUAGGGUAUGUCCGUGCUUCCCGUUUAACAGCUGGGUUCCAGGUUGACUGCAGCAGGUGGGUGUGGAUUGUGUCCUCUUAGGACCCGCCUGUAGAUUAUUAAAUUCCUGGCCUGCCCCUACAGGAGCCUUACAGAGACUAACAACAGUAAUCCUAACACCCUGGACUGGUCUGUGCCCUCCUCUAGGGCUCCCAGGUUUUUACCCUUCACCUUUCUUUCCACAUUCCUGGCCUGCCUACCUCUGGGAGCUCCUUUUUUUUUCUUUUUUUUAUUAAGCAGGACAUUGAAACACAAAACAGAGACAUCAGUUUGCUCCAAGUUCACAGAGCAGUUUAGGACUAGAGAAAAUGACAAGAGCUUUAGUCAAGGCAGGAACUGUGUCCAGACCAUGAGGAGACCAGAGGCUGCUCACAUCAUGGGGGAAAUCAGUAGGUGGGUGACUUUUAUAUCACCCUGCACAACUCCCCACCCCUCUCCCCAGUAAGGUGGGUAUUAUAUGGAUGUUUUCCUUCUGGGAUUAUCAUAGUGCAAGCUGGUGGUUCUGCCUAGAAGAAGGCAUAUCCCUGAGGAGAGACUAGAACUGUAGGUUCUGCUUUAGGGUGGAGAGAAUUACUUUUCCCACUGCUUCAAUCAUGGGGGACCUUGAGCAAGUUUCUUCAUUUCUUUAGGCCAGGAUUUUCUCAUUUGUAUGCAACCCAAGAGUUGCAUGUAGGAUGGUGAGUUGAAUUAGAUUAUCUCUAAGGUCUCUUUAAGUUCAAACAACCUCUUAGACUAUGAGUCUAUGGUAGGUAAAGAGGUAGGUAGCUCUGUUUGACUCCUAUUCCACAAGCAAACAGCCUCCUUGGAAACUACAAGCUCCUGACCUGGGUUCUACAAACAUCAAAGGAUUCAAACCCCUGGUCCUGAGAAAAGCAUGCAUUAUUGUCAGUCCUCUCCCAAGGCCCUUUCUCUACUUCCUCAGCAUAACACAAGGCAAUCUUUUCUGUCCCUGUUAAAGAGAACACCAUAUCUGAGGAGAAGGAGUUAGAGAUUUUAUCCUUUGGGAGCAAAGAUUCUACACCAUUCCCUAAGAAAUAUGUCUGUUUUCCCAUUGAACCUUCUUCUCUCCACCCCAACUUCCAUAUCUUCCCUCUCCCAACAAAACUUGCAAACAAUCAGAAUCCCUGGGAAAGAAACUAGAGGCCCCUAUUGGACAGACCUUGCUAACUCUUUUCCUCAUAUUUGGAUAGGAGAAAACAAAGGUUCCACUCUUUGGAGUGGAUUCUCAAUGACUAAGUCUCCUGAGAGGUUGGGCAGAUCAUCUUCUGACUCUUGGCCCCCUGCCACUCAAUCUCCCUCUCUCAGACACCUGGGUCCUUGGGAAGCAGGGCAAGGGUAUCUUCCCUAAUUGAACUAACAACUCAAUAGUGAGGGACUAGGCUAGGUCCUCGUGUGUAGUUGGCUUUGUGUUUCUGCCACCCAUACCGUCCAUAGAGAGGCAAUAAUCUACUGUGUGUGGAGAGAAUGCAAUUAAAAAGCUGAAAGUGAGGGAGGCCCCUCAAGGGAGCCAGGCUCUGUGUACUCUGUCCUCCCCUACACUUUCAAGGCUAGAA